AUCGCCAGUCUAGAUCCUGAAUAAAGCCAUCGACUUUUACCCCUCGAAUUAUGUGUUUCCUCUUUCCACCUCACUCCGAUUUCCCCCUCGGCCCUCGGAGGACACAAAAGCAACACCGCCUCCACCCUUUUCCGUUUUUACCGGACCCGACACCGCAACAGCGACAGCCCCUCCAAUCUCCAUGGAACUCAAUAGACCUUCCCGCUUCGGCCGCCGCAAAUCCCCCUCCUCCGACCGCUUCCUCGCUACGUACCACCUUGUUUCAUCAACAUCUGACCACCCUUCCUCUUCCUCUUCCGCCGUCGAUGAAUUGAAUGAGGAUGAUGUUUUCUUCUCUAACGACUUCUCCCCUGACCCCAACGACGGCAACCCCAUCCACCCAAAUCGACACUACCAUCAAACGACCGCUCCUGUGUCUUCCUCUGCUUCCUUCCCCGGUUUCCAGCACCACCAGAAACCCUUUUCCCACUCCCAGAAUUCCGGAAUCCUCGCCGCUCUCCGGGACCCCUCCCGUCCCCAAUCCAAUUUUUAUCAGAAAACCUCACUCUCUACGUCCACCUCUCCCGCUUCUUCUGUUUCUUGGCUUUCUUCUUCUCGCAUGAUUCCUUCCAUCCCAAGGCCACCGCUUGAAAGAUUGCCGCUUUCUUCUUCUUCUUUGGGAAGGCACCAUCAAUCGGCGCCGGUGAAUGUGCCGCUGAUGGCAAAGGCUGUGCGGAAGCACAGCGAGUUCGAUGAUGAUUAUGGCGAAAACGAUGAUGAGGAAGGGGAGAUGCUGCCGCCGCACGAGAUUGUGGCAAGGAAUAUGGCGCGGUCCCCUAUGUUGUCAUGCUCUGUGCUUGAGGGAGUCGGAAGGACCCUCAAAGGGAGGGACCUCAGGCAGGUAAGGAAUGCUAUCUGGAGACAAACUGGAUUUCUUGAUUGAGUUCAGGCCUAAGUGAACUCGAUUUUCUUGUAGUUGAACGUGGAAGAAAACAUUUUUCUUCUUAGCUUUUGUAUUUUGUGGUUAUGGACUGUGGAUGUGUAAAUACUCAAAGUGUUUGUGGACAUUCUGGUUUCAAUGGAGGUUAUUCUGUACUUUUAGACAGUUUGCAUUGUUUGGUUUUGGGAUGAAUUUAGAGGCAAAAAGUAUUAUUUUCAAAAUGGCUAUUAUAUAAUUUGGGUUGCAAAAUCUUUACAGAAUUGGAAGCUUUAGCUUCUUUUCUUUCCAUACCUUACUACCUGACCUGAUUGGUUUGUGAAAUUAGGUUGUUUGAGUGAAAUUUAAAGUACUUUCCGCCAAAAAAAGGGACUUCCUUUACGGGUUUUAUAGUGUUUAGGGAGGCUCUGAAGUGUCUAUGUGAAGACUUGCUUAUAAUUUGGUGUUGCUUAUCUUCCAAAUAGUCAAGUUAUAAUAAUGGUAACUUUAGAUG